GGUUGUGCCGUGAAAUAUUCUAGUUUUCUCAAAACCUGAAAGAGAUUAAGACAAGAGCCGUAUCAGCUGGAUAAGAGAUGCGCCGGGAGCCGCCUGCUCCAACCUGAAGGGAAACUGUGCCGCAGUGGGCAUAAUCUGAUAAGCGCUUCUGUCCAUCCUGCGCUCCGCUCCAGGACAACGGCAUGGAGGGGAGACAUAAGUACGUGCGGAUAUAGUUAAAGGAGCAAUGCAGAGAAGCUGAGCUCACACUUCUGGGAACUUAUUCAGAUUUUUUACCCGGAACACCUGCGAUUUAUUUGCAUCAACCAGAGCCCGGGUAGCCGAGUCUUUACAGGGGGAUGACAGCUGCGCACUUGGUCGUCCCGUGAUGUGUCUUUGGGGGGAUUAAUGCGCGGAACAGCCUAAACAUCCUGGCCUGUCCGCAGGAGGCCACUGAUUUAUCUGCGGAACAAAUAACAAUUUUCACACUCUAUCAUGCGCCGGAGCAGGGACAUUAUGCAAUAUGUGGAGGAAACUGUCUCCGUGAGCUCAUAGGUUGAACUGGCAAUGACAUCAGGCUUAACUUGAAUAUAGCUCUGUGCUGUAUUGCAGCAAGGUGGACCGGGGCGUGAGGUGGCGGCAGGGAGCAAUGCGCGCAUCCUCCGAGCUGGACAUUUUGUGGGGGAUGCUGUGUGUCCUAAACAAAUUCAAGGCAUUAUAAGGCCAUACACCCCGAGCUGGCGAACUGCGUCACUGCAUGCGAGUGUUGCAGGUAGGCAGCCAACUCUCUCCCACCACCACCACCACCGGGAGAGCAGCAUGCUCAUCAUCACCCCCACACAAUGUCGCUGCUAAGUGUUUAACAAGGUACUGAGGAUGGAUUCGGCGGACGAUUCAAGAAAAGAUCCGCCACUGGGAUCCACGUUUUCCUCAGCACCCAAUUUAGACUCGGACAUUAAUGCAAAUGCCCAUAGGCCUGUUUAUGAGAACGGGACGGACCACAAUGUCAACAUCCAAAACGCAGCCCUGCGAGGAGCGAGUGACCCCAGCGCGUACCCGUCCACAGACUACCAGGGGCUGAUCCGCCAGAGGUUCAUCCGGCGCAACUUAUGGGUGUCAGACUCCGAGGAGCAGCCGGUGGACACGGCGGAGUGUGUCAUCAGCAGCCCGGUGCUCACCAUAGACCUGAGGACCAUCGUCGAUCGGAGUCUGACCCGGGCUCUGCACGGAACCCGGCUGGGCCUCCGGGAGACUUCGAGCCCGGAAAGCCAGGUGGGGCUGAAGGACAGCGCCACUGAGAGCGUGAGCACCGAUGGGGAGAAGGGGGAGAGAAGCGAAACCGAGCCAAAGGCAGAGGUCGUGCCCUCGGAUGUCACAGGUAAAGCAGGAAGUGACGAGAACGAAGAGGAGCCCGGGAUGAAGGCUGUGUCCACCUCACCUGGGGGCCGCUUCCUCAAGUUUGACAUAGAGCUGGGAAGAGGGUCCUUCAAGACCGUCUAUAAAGGUCUUGACACCGACACCUGGGUCGAAGUGGCAUGGUGUGAACUCCAGGAACGGAAACUGUCCAAAGCUGAGAGACAGAGGUUCAAGGAGGAGGCAGAGAUGUUAAAGGCUCUCCAGCACCCCAACAUCGUGCGAUUUUAUGACUUCUGGGAAUCACCGGUUAAAGGGAAGAAGUGUAUUGUUCUGGUGACAGAGUUAAUGACCUCAGGGACACUAAAAACGUAUCUGAAGCGUUUUAAGGUGAUGAAGCCUAAAGUUCUCAGAAGCUGGUGCAGGCAGAUUCUCAAAGGCCUCCACUUCCUCCACACAAGGACUCCUCCAAUCAUCCACAGAGACCUGAAGUGUGACAACAUCUUCAUCACUGGUCCUACAGGCUCUGUCAAAAUAGGAGACCUGGGCUUGGCAACACUGAAGAGGGCCUCCUUUGCCAAAAGUGUUAUUGGCACUCCAGAGUUCAUGGCCCCAGAGAUGUAUGAGGAGCACUAUGAUGAGGCUGUGGAUGUCUACGCCUUUGGAAUGUGUAUGCUGGAGAUGGCCACCUCAGAAUACCCCUAUUCUGAGUGUCAAAAUGCUGCUCAGAUCUACCGCAAAGUCACAAGUGGGGUGAAACCUGCUAGCUACAGUAAAGUCAGUGACCCAGAAAUUAAGGAAAUAAUCGGGGAAUGUAUCUGUCACAGAUGGGAAGAAAGGUACUCCAUCAAGGACCUCCUGAAUCAUGCAUUCUUUGCGGAGGAUACAGGCGUGAGGGUGGAGCUCAAUGAAGAGGAUGAUGGAAAGAAAUCGUCCAUUGCUCUGAAGCUGUGGGUCGAGGAUCCUAAAAAGCUGAAGGGGAAGUACAAGGACACUGGUGCCAUUGAGUUUACCUUUGACUUAGUGAGCGAGGUCCCAGAAGUCGUUGCCCAAGAAAUGGUGGAAUCAGGUUUUUUCUUGGACUGCGAUGUGAAGAUAGUUGGGAAGUCCAUCCGGGACCGCGUGGCUCUUAUCAAGUGGAGGAGGGAGCGGACUGUCUCGCCAGGAAAUGGUGAGGCAGCUGUGAAGAAGACGCAGCAGAACCUACUGCAGGUGCCCGGUACCAGUGUACCACAGGCAGCCACAUUAGCUACGACAGAUUAUGAGGAUCAAGAGGUGGAGCAGCAGACCCUGAUCUGCACCGUGCCAGCUACCACGUCUGCCACAUCUGACAGUGGGGUGAGCUCUGCCAUGCAAUUAGAUGAUCUAAACAAUCAGCAAAAUGGCCCCUACCAGUCACUUCCAGAGCCCAUUUCCACAGCUCAGAUGAUCUACAGUCCUCCUGCACAGGCUGACCCUCAACUGCACCAGGGGCCCUACCAGCAACCCACAGCACAGGCCUCACAUGAAAACUACACUCAAGCAUCCACUCAAUUACACCAGGGACCCUACCAGCAAACCACAGGUCAGCUGCAUCCUGGGGCCUAUCAGCAGCCUGCUGCACAACUGCACCAGGGGCCUUAUCAGUCUCAAACAACAGUUUCUGCUCCGGCUACGCCAGCCCCUAUUGUGCACCAGAGUAGACAGACAGCACAGAACUUCCCAGCUGCAGCCCCUACUCCACAGCCACAGCUUACUGCCCAACCCAGCCAGGAGCAGUGCCAUCUCCAAACAGCUGGUGUCCUGCCCCAGCUGUUAUCUGCUGACCAGCCUACAUCUCACCUGAGUCCUCCUGACUUACCUACCAGUUUCCCACAGUCAGUCUCCAGUGCUUCUCCCCCACUCCUGCCCCUGCAGAUCAGCACACAGUUUCCCUCACCAUAUUCCAUUACUCAAACAGGGGGCAUAAAGCCUCCUCCCUUACCUCUAGGUCCUUUGCCAUGUGCCUACAGCAGUGGCCCUCCUUUGUCUAGCUCCCACUACUCACAUUCACCCCACCACCCCUCCCUUCCUUUGACCCCUCAUGCUGCCUUUCCCUCUAAAUCUACUCUUGGCACCCCUCAGACCCCUCUGUCCACACCUCAACACGUGCCUAGUUUGGCACUCCCUAUUCCACUUCAUGCCAUGGCCAUGUCCCCUGCAGUGUCCCAGCAGCAGGGCGGCCCUUUUACAUCUCAGACAAACCUUGGUAGCUUCCAUACCACCCGUCCCUUACCUCUCUCCCAGGUACAAAUCACCCCAUACCCCGCCCCCCACCCUGAGCAGGAACUGGCUGAGCAGCCUGUCCAGGUGCAGACGAUUGCUCCACAGGGGAAUUUGGGAGAUGUUCACCUUUUGGCUCCAGUCCACCCUGUCUUGCCUGCUGUUCAGACUCCUCUCUGGGGAAGUGGAGUAGAUGCGGAAACUACUGCAGCUAGCCUAGACUUAACUGUAGCCCCUACAGUUGCAGCUCCAGUCCCAGCCCCAGCCUCAAUCCCAGUCUCAGCUACAAUCUCAGUCUCAGCUACAGCCCAUGUCGAAACUCAAGCCCCAGCACAAACUCCAACUCUGGUUGCAGCACAAAACCAACCACCAGUCCCAGUAACAGCUCAAGCUGCAGCCAUGCCUCAAACAUCAGCCUCAACCCUUGUUGUUCCAAUGGCAGUGCAAGCUUUAGCCUCAGCCCCAGUUCAAGCACCAGUCUCUGCAUCAGGUCCCACUUUUGAACCACCAAGAAGCUCAUCUACGAGCUCAGACAAUCUUGCAAGUGGUAAACCCAAACUCUCAGUCCCAGGUUUAGCCUCUACCCCAAUCCCUGUCACGCUGCCAUCCUCUGUUCAAUCUGCAGCCCCUGCUCAUACUCCAGCUCCUGUCGCAGUUUCAGUCCCAGCUCCAGUUCUGCAGCCUGCUGGCAUCCAGACAGCAGUUUCACUGUCUGAGUGUGCCAACCUGGCCACAACUCAGCAAAACCUCGAGUCGACAUCUGCAUCUAGCACCCUUCAACAAGAGCCCUCUUUAGAGGAUGUGCUUCAGGACAAACCCACAUCUUUACCCAGUUAUGCCUAUGACAGUCUCAACUCUGAUGUGGCAUCUGGUAAGGAAACAAGUGAUGGCUACGAGAGCCUGGCCAGCGGAGGGAAGGGGGACGGAAAACCCAGAAAACACCACCGCAAGUCUGCCCGCACACGUUCCCGGCAAGAAAAGACCAGCAAACCCAAACUGAGCAUGCUCAAUGUUUGCAACACUGGUGAUAAAAUGGUGGAAUGCCAGCUGGAGACUCACAACCACAAAAUGGUGACAUUUAAAUUUGAUCUGGAUGGAGAUGCUCCGGAGGAAAUUGCUACUUACAUGGUAGAAAAUGGCUUUAUCCUGCUGUUAGAGAAAGAGAUCUUCAUUGACCAGCUAAAGGACAUUGUGGAUAAAGCUGAAGACAUGCUGAAUGAAGACUUGGAGGGUGAAAGGGCCUCCACCUUGAGUUGUAGUCCUCAACAAUGCCAAAUUUCUGAAGGGCUGCUAGGAGAGAGUCAGCAGCCUGGAGCACCGCAGCCUGUCUACCAGCAGAAUGUUCUUCAUACAGGAAAGCGAUGGUUCAUAAUAUGCCCUGUAGAGGAGACGCCCACAUCCAGCCAGGAGACCCCAUCUGAUGGAACAACUACGCAGUCUCCUGGGAGCUCAGUCACUACCCAGCCUGCUGACAGUGGCACUGCAAGGCCAUCCAGAGAAGAGGGAUCAUCCUCCACAAUGUCUGGUGGAAGUGGAGGCUUCACAUACGAUGUGUAUGGAUUCUGUAGCCCUCCGAUAAUGUCCAACACAGACCCUCUUCUCUUGGCUACUCUGUCUCCCCCUGUGUCUGCUCCCCCGACCCUUCAGUCAGUGUCAUCAGCGGAGCCUGUCGGCAGCUCUGUGCAGCCCAGCGUUCACCAGGCUCAGCCAGCCAGAGCUCAAACUUUGCCCCCCUCAUCCCCACAUACGUCUUUCCCAGUUGAUGAGUCACAGGGAUCCCCUUUGGGCUCCAUCUCCCCGAUCCACGCAGCUCAGCAGAUGCCUGACAUGACAUGUCCUGUUUCUAUGGCUGACGAGGUGCCCUGUUGCCCUCUGGUCAUGCCCCUGUCUUUGGAUGUGAGCGGUUUACAGGGUGGAUCUCCUCUCACUCCUCUUCCACUCCAGGAGCCAGGUUCAGCCAAAGAGCCGUUGUCUAUCUCUUAUGCCUCUGCAGCACGGAGCGAGCGCUCACAGCAGCCUGUGGUGCUCCACCAGCCUUUUUCUAGUGUGGGAGGGACCAAAGUGCCCUCACUACCCCAGAGCCCAGCACCAUCCCAGCACGGUGCAGGGCCCGGGGAGUCAGAUGGCGAAGGACGGCUGGGCCGUGGGGGCUUUGUGGACAGCACCAUAAAAACACUGGAUGAGAAACUAAGGAACUUGCUCUACCAAGAAUAUGCUCCCAUGUAUCCAUCAGGCAGUGCUGCAGAGACACCAGGCUCUUGCACCGAGUACAUCCAGUCUCCUCCCGGUCCAGACAGUGCCACAGGAGGGUCAGGAAACAGCACACCAGGGCCAAUGGGGGAGGGACGGUACAGGGCAGGAGAACAACUUCCUCAAAUUCCAGAGAGAAUGGAUAGUUUGAGCACACUGAGUGACUCAGCCGUGUGUGCCUCCUUGUCAAGAAGACACGUCCCUCACUCUGCAUCCUGCUCUGGAACAAAAGGCCGAUUUAAGAUAAUCUCUGUUCCUCCUGAGGUGGCUAACAGACGAGAUGUGAAGCAAAGGAGCUGGAGCAGCGCUGCCUCACCGGCACACCCUGUAGGAUACAGUUCAGAACACGUUCAGGUUGAGGCCAUGACUGCCUCCACCACAAUUGGCCGUUUCUCCGUUGUUAGCACUGAAGAUGACAUUACACAGAGGACACGUUGCAGCCGCUACUCUGCCCCACCUGAUUUCUACCUGGACACACCUCCUUCCAUGGCCAAGCGGGGCUCUGUGCCUCGUGCCCUGACCUCGCCCUCUGUCCCUGUUGAUGUUACGAUCCAUGCUCGUUUUCUCUCCUCCGACUCUGGGGCUGAGAGCAGCCCUGCAAAACUGGCUCCCGCCACCCCAUCCCAACAUACUCGCUCUGAGCGCAGAGGAAGUGACCUCAUGAAGAGGGCAGUGGCCUUCCUCCGCCGGUCAGGACGUAGCAGCAGUGUGCAGAGCUCUGACUCCCCAAGUAGGCAUGGAGGUGUGCACGGCUCGGCCUAUGCCAGCAGCGAUAAUGACUCAGAGAUGGAGGACUCAGACAUGAAGAGGGAACUACAGAGACUCAGGGAGAAACAUCUGAGGGAGAUCUCUGAGCUGCAGGCCAAUCAGCGGGGGGAAGUGGAGCUGCUGUAUCGGCGACUUGGUAAAGCCCCUCCUCCUGGCCUGGGUCUCUCACAUGUUACACCGCAUGCCGGCCGAAGAAAGAGGUCCAGCAAGCACAGACUGAAGCCUGGCAAACUUCUCAGCCCUCUGGUUCAACAGUUCAGAAAUGUCACAACCAAAAGUAGUGACUCCAGUCGAUCCAGUGCUGCUACAGGUACAGGUGAGCCCACAGUGAGUUUAAAUGGCUCUCCAGCCAAAGGGUCUUUCCCCACUCACGGUAGGGCACGGUCAUGCACCAGCCACCUUCCUAGCUCGACCUCAGAGCCUGUGCAGACUCAGCAGCCCUGUUCCCUCAAGGGCUCUUUGUCUUCUGAUAAUAUUUACGCUGGACUACAUGGAGAUGGCACCGGCACACAAGCUCCACCCGGACAAGGCUGGUCUAAUUACCCUCAAACAUCUGAGAGAGUGACCUAUAAAUCGAGUAGCAAGCCACGAGCUAGAUUUCUCAGUGGGCCUGUGUCUUUGUCUAUCUGGUCAACACUGAAGCGACUGUGUCUUGGCAAAGAGCGUGGCAGCAGGUCUGGAGCCGGGCCAGGGGCUUUUAAUCCAUCACAGCAGCCACCUACCGGUGCCACACCACCUUCUCAUCAGCCAGUGAUGGGACUAGCCCAAGCUCAGGCCAAUAACAGCAACAACAAGACAGGCACAUACAUUGGCACAUCCAUGAGUUUUAAUGAACACAACCUGCCUGAAGACUUGCAACGGCUGAUGGACGACUGGGCCCAAGAGGUUCUUAUUGUCACCCACAGGCCGCGCACUAACUCUCUGAGCAUCAGCGGGCAGCAGCUUUGGAAUCAGGUUGUGCCUCGAACACAUGGACAACUGACGAGUGCUUCAGAUGUAUCAUCGUGGACAACCCCAGGCCAAGAGGCCUGCAGCCUUCCCCUGUCGUGGCCUGACAGCCCUGGGUCAACAAUGAUGACCAGCCUCACCACAGGGCCCCAUCCCUGUUAUCAGCUACACUCCUCUGCUCCAGUCAGGGCCAUGUCCUCACCUGUCUCUGUUAACCAGGGGCCUGGGUUUCUCUUCCCCAUUACUUCAGGAGUCUUUGCCUUUCCUGCUGUGCGCUCAGCCCAGGACACCCCUAGCACCACUCCAUCAUAUCAGCCACCCAACCCCAAAGCCAGGACUCUCUAAUAUGAGUAGCAUUGUGUCUUCCAAUUCUGUUACCAAAAAGAAAUCUCAUGAUAGCUCAAGUCAGUCUUAUGUGCAUACACUGUAUAUAUUUAACCAGCAUGGAUUUAACCAUUUGUACAUACUUGUCUCCAUUUCUGAGUUUUAUGUUAUUUGCUUCAUUUGCAUCAACAUACCUCAUGUGCAUAUUACAGUACAUAAUCCUCGAGUGCAGUAUAAUGGUAGUAGUACAUUAAAAUAUGUAUAAUUAGCCCAAUCAGGCUUAACAUUUUUGUCAUUGCUUAUGUAUGUACCUUACCACCCACGGAAUGUACAUAAUGUACUGUUCAUCCAUGCUGUGUUUAUAUAAAUAGUUCAUGUUUGUGUUGCUCAUAGCACCCCAAUAUUUAAGCUGCCGUGUGUAUAUAUGAAUUCUUGUUAGUCUGUACAUAGCUCCCGUGUUUGUACAGUUAACAUUAGAUAAUCCAUAGGUUGGUGCUGCAGAUAUGUGUCUUAAUGCAACACCUUAUUAGCCAACAUCAUGCCGUCACUGUGAAGACUUGACAUCCUGGUCACUAGGGCCGGUUGCUUUAUUCUGCUCUCUCAGUCCAAGGAUAGGUUUCAUUCUUCAUCGGUGAAAUGCUUCCAGCACAAGCGCUUGAAAUAUCCUUAAGAGAUUUGAAUGAACUUGAAUUUUAUCUUCAGGUGAUGAACACCUGUGAGAGUGCCUUGAAUUGCAGUUUCAAUUUUAUGAAGAAAAGCAUUUAGAUUCAAAGCAGACACUAGAUAUUCUAUAUAUGCUUUCACCUUCAAAGGUAAAUUAUGUGAUUUGAGUAAUGAAUGUGGAUUGAAACAUAUUUAAUUUAACGACAAAACACAAUUAAACACUAAUCUGGUCAUGUUGCGGUUCAUAAAAUAUCACAGAUUGUAAAAGAAAUCUUGUUCACUGAAGUUUUAUUAUGGGAUUGCUUUGCCACCUGCACCACCGCCUGCAUGAAUACAUUGAUAUUCUGAAUGUGCACAGGUUAAUGUGGUGACUUACAGGAGGAUAUUGUUACGUAAAACUGGCACUGAAAACCAUACGACAAGGAGGGCUGAAGGACUCAACAUACGAGUCAAAAUCAUAAUCAUACCGUACCUCUACUAAUGCAAUCUGUAGCUUUACAUAUUGUUGCCUUUGUGGUUUUUAAGAGAUUACUGUGUGGUUGGUUGUUGUUUGAUAAAUGAUGAUGAUAUGAUGAUGUUAGAGGCACUUGAAGAAUGUGAAUUAUGUGAGAAGCCACCACUGUUUGACAUGUUAUUUGUACAAUGCUUAGGUUUUCUAAAUUGUGUUUAUUAUAUCCUGGCCUCACAAGAUCAUCUGGCUCAUACAGCUAAUUCUAUGUAUUAUGGCUAACUCAACUCUCCAGCAAAUAUUACACUAUCACAGUUUCAGUUAUUUCAAUAGUACGGCCUCAAAAACAUCACUCACUUUCAAUACUUCUCUUUUAUAACUUCUACAAUUCUCUCUGAAGAAUAGUUUGUGGAAUGCAUCAAUGAUUGUAUGUAUUCUGCACAAAAAACAAAGCUGUGGAAAAAAUCUGUGUAGUCAAGAAGUAGGAUGAGUAUAAUGAGUCAGUUCUUCAAAACUUCAAAACUACUGAGCGCUAUUAUCGACAAAUUGCUUAUUGCAGUUGAAGAAUGAACUUAACAGAACAGUUAUUUUGAUCUUUCCGUGGCUCCCCAGUUUCCCAAAUCAUAGGCCGGUCAAAUUUAACAUGCUUUUUACAGAAUUGCACUUUCAUACAGUUGGGUGACUCAGAAGAGGCUGAUAAUAAAGGGAACAGACAAACGUAUCUUGAUUUUCUGCUCCAGAAAAGCUGGAACCUACAUUUCCCACAAUUCAGUAUAUUCAAACUCUUGCCAGAGCCACAGAAGUAUAGGACAGUAAACAUUAUAGGCUACAACAGUUUUCACAGGCUAAGUAGUACAACUCUUGAUAAGUGAACUGAAUUUCAUGUGUAAAAUCGGUGAAGUGCCCCUUUCUAAAAUCCUUCCAUGUUUGCACAAUAUUUUGAUUUGAAAUGAAUAUUUGUCUUAAAGGCAGAAUUUCUUCCAUGAUGAUAUAUAGAUUUUUUUUUUAGCUCAUCUCCUAUGCAGCUUUUUUCUUUGUGCUUUACACAGUAACUCCUGUCUUUGAUCUCUUUAAUGCUUGCAAUGAAAGCUAGGUGUAUGAUUGCUUUUGCUUGCUGUAUCACCUGUUUCCCCCACCAUUUCCUGACCUCGUCCGAUGGGUACUCUUUCACAAAAGCUGUACAUACUUGAAGACAGAAAUAAUAAAU